AUUAAGGCAAUUAAAGCACAUACAAAAAUGGGGAGAGUUGCUAAUGCUUAUUUGCUUGUGGUGGUGGCGAUGGUGGCCGGCGCCGCCGCGCAGAGCGCCACCAACGUGAGGGCGACGUAUAAUAAUUACAACCCUCAGAAUAUCAAUUGGGAUUAUAAUACCGCAAGCGUCUACUGUGCCACCUGGGAUGCCGACAAGCCACUUGAAUGGCGGCAAAUGUAUGGAUGGACUGCCUUCUGUGGUCCUGUUGGUCCAACAGGCUACGAUUCUUGUGGCAGAUGUUUGGAGGUUAUUAAUACCGCCACCUAUGAUCAAGUAACGGUGAGGAUUGUUGAUCAGUGUUCAAAUGGAGGGUUGGAUUUGGACGUCAAUGUAUUUAAUCAAUUGGACACGAAUGGACAGGGCGUUGCUCAGGGCUACCUCACAGUCAACUACAAUUUCGUUGAUUGUUAUUAAUUAUUAGAAGUUAAUUAAUUGCAAUGAAUUAUUUAUUUUUAAUAUCUUGAAAGUUAUGAAACUUAUGAUAUAAUAAAGCUUCUUGAG